GCGUCAUCGCUCACAAGAUCUGGAGAAAUUCAAAUUCUCGCUCUAACGGCUCUCUCUCUCUCUUCUCUCUCUCUCUCUCUCUCUUCCUUAGGAGGUUUCUCUGACGCGCCUCGCAGGAGCAGAUUCGCUUCUUUCUCCCUUCUUUUCCACGGCGAGAUGAAACAUUUCAUGUCGCCAAGAAACGGUAUCUUCCGCGACGGCGGCGGAGAGCCGCCGCACUCUCCAAACCCUAGCACAUCGAGAUCGAAGCCCCCACGCAAAACCAGAUCCGCAAAAGAAAACGCUCCUCCUCCCAAUCAAAACUCCUCCACUCCCGACCAUAAAUCGGCGGCCAAAAUGAAGAAUCCGUUACCCCCACGCCCACCGCCGUCUAAUCCUCUCAAACGGAAGCUCUGUGCAGACGCCGCGGCGGAUAAUACCGUAUCUGGUCUCUCAGACUCCGGCGUCAAGGUUAUAGUUAGAAUGAAGCCUCCGAACAAAAGUGAGGAAGAAGAUAUGAUAGUACAUAAGAUAUCCAGUGAUUCUCUCGCAAUCAGUGGGCAGACUUUCACCUUCGACUCAAUCGCUGAUUCAGAGUCGACACAGGAACAUAUGUUUCAGCUAGUGGGAGCACCUCUUGUUGAGAAUUGUUUAUCUGGGUUUAACAGUUCUGUAUUUGCCUAUGGACAGACUGGUAGCGGGAAGACAUAUACCAUGUGGGGUCCUGCAAAUGGACUGUUGGAAGAGCACCUCAGUGGUGACCAAAGAGGUCUCACCCCACGCGUCUUUGAGCACCUGUUUGCUCGAAUCAAAGAGGAACAAGUCAAGCAUGCAGACAGGCAACUCAUUUACCAGUGCCACUGUUCUUUACUCGAGAUUUAUAACGAGCAGAUAACAGAUCUACUGGAUCCGAGCCGGAAAAAUCUGAUGAUUCGAGAAGAUGCCAAGUCAGGUGUUUAUGUUGUAGGCCUGACUGUGAAAAACGUAGAGAACUUGACAGACGUGUCGCAGCUUCUGGUUAAGGGAUUGGGAAAUAGAAGGAGUGGUGCAACGAGUGUGAAUGCAGAGAGUUCAAGGUCACAUUGUGUCCUUACUUGCGUUGUUGAAUCCCGAUGCAAGGAUGUAGCAGAUGGGAUAAGCAGCUUUAAGACGAGCAGAAUAAACCUUGUUGAUCUGGCUGGUUCGGAACGACAAAAGUUAACUGGUGCGGCAGGAGAACGUCUGAAGGAAGCUGGAAAUAUCAAUCGAUCUCUCUCACAGCUAGGGAACUUGAUAAACAUCCUCGCGGAGAUUUCUCAAUCAGGGAAGCAAAGGCAUAUACCUUAUAGGGAUUCCAGGUUGACAUUUUUGUUGCAAGAUUCUCUUGGUGGGAAUGCAAAGUUAGCAGUGGUCUCUGCAAUAUCUCCGUCACAAAGUUGCAAGAGCGAAACCUUAAGCACUUUGAGAUUUGCUCAGCGUGCAAAAUCAAUACAGAACAAGGCUGUAGUGAAUGAAGUGAUGCAAGAUGAUGUCAAAGUCUUACGUGAAGUAAUAAGCGAGCUGAGGGAUGAACUACAAAGGAUGAAGGAUGAUAGAAAUAAACCAACGAAUCCAAGUGUAGCUUAUUCUACUGCAUGGAACGUACGUAGAAGUAUGAAUGUAUUAAGAAGUUUUGGUCUGGGUCAUCCAAGGUUCUUGCCUCACGAAGAUGAUGACGGAGAUGUUGAGAUGGAAAUUGAUGAGGCUGCUGUUGAUAGACUUUGUGCUCAAGUGGGUUUGCAAUCAUCUCCAGCUUCCAAGAGGAUCAAUCAUGAUGUGAACUCAGUAGAGAGUAUACGUUCAUCCCUACAAACCCUUAAGGACGAAAGACACAACAAUUCGCAUCCUAAAUCAUCUGAUGGACAAUCUAUAGAAAAGCAGUCUCCUGUGGACACAGAUGUCGCCAUGGAGGAUGCUUGUUGCCAAUCUGAAAACCAUGUACCAGAAACAGUGGUUAAUGUGAGAACGGAGACAGAGACCAGCAUUGCAGCAGAUCAGAUCAAGACACCCUUGCUUACAUUGGAUCAAGGUUCGAAUUUGCAGCCUAUUUUAGUAAAGGAUGCUAUUUGCUCUUCACCGAACGAAGCAGAAGAUGUGUCAUCAUUCCCUGACUUGGUUCUGGAAGACGUUACAUCUGCAAAUGUAUUGAUAGCUGAUGGAUUAGAUCCACUUGGUCCUUCGCCUAUAUUAAAAUCUCCCACACAGAGCGUCUCUCCUACAAUAAGAAAUAGCAGGAAAAGCUUGAGGACAUCGGAAAUGUCAACUGCAUCUCAAAAGGAUACUGAGGGAGACAAUUUAGCAGCGGCGGACCCAUCUUUGGCUACAUCAUCCAAAAAGAUGCGUAAUUUUCCUAGUGCUUUGUCUACACAGAAGAGCAAAGAUUUUCCCGUAGGAACCGAGCAUUUAGCAGCUAGCCUCCACAAAGGAAUUAAACUCCUCGAGUCAUAUUGCCAGAGUACAGCUCAAAGACGAUCGACAUUCAGGUUUUCCUUGAAAGCUCCAGAUAGUAAGCCUUCGACCUUUGUAAGUAAGGCUGAUGUAGGUGUGCAGACCUUUCCCGAAGCUGAUGCUAUAUCAGAGGAGAAUACAAAAGAGUUUCUUUGCAGUAAAUGUAAAUGCAGAGAAGAAUUUGAUGAUACCCAGCAAAUAAAUGACAUGCCAAAUCUUCAGCUAGUACCUGUUGACAACUUAGUGCCUGCUGACAACUCAGAAGUGACAGAAAAACCCAAGAGCCAGGUUCCUAAAGCAGUGGAAAGGGUUCUAGCAGGAUCCAUCAGGAGGGAAAUGGCUUUAGAAGAUUUCUGCGCUAAACAAGCCUCUGAGAUAACUCAACUUAAUCGAUUGGUACAACAAUACAAACAUGAGAGAGAGUGCAACUCCAUCAUAGGACAAACAAGGGAGGACAAAAUCAUUCGCCUUGAAGGCCUUAUGGACGGCGUUUUACCUAAGGAAGACUUCCUGGAUGAAGAGUUUGCUUCUCUCCUACAUGAACAUAAGCUUCUGAAGGAUAUGUAUCAGAAUCACCCUGAAGUGUUGCAGACUAAAAUUGAGUUGGAAAGAGCGCAAGAAGAGGUCGAGAGUUUCAGGAACUUUUAUGGUGACAUGGGAGAAAGGGAAGUGCUAUUGGAAGAAAUACAGGAUCUAAAGAUGCAGCUACAAUGUUACAUCGACCCUUCUCUUACAUCAGCUCGGAAAACGUGUUCCCUGCUCAAGCUGACAUACCAAGCUCCCCAAGUUAACACAAUUUCUGAAGCACCGAACGAGGGUCUUGAGAAGGCAUUGGAACAGGAAAGACUUCGUUGGACCGAGGCAGAGACGAAAUGGAUUUCUCUCGCCGAGGAGCUAAGAACUGAGCUUGAAGCCAGCAAGGUGGUGAUAAAUAAGCAGAAACAUGAACUUGAUAUUGAGAAAAGAUGUGCGGAAGAGCUGAAACAAGCGAUGCAAAUGGCCAUGGAAGGGCAUGCAAGGAUGCUUGAACAGUAUGCAGAUCUUGAAGAGAAGCAUAUGCAAUUGCUCGCAAGGCAUAGGAAGAUUCAAGAAGGAAUCGAUGAUGUUAAAAAGUCAGCUGCAAGAGCCGGAGUCAGAGGAGCAGAGUCCAGAUUCAUAAACGCACUGGCAGCAGAGAUUUCAGCAUUGAAGGUAGAAAAGGAGAAAGAGAGACAAUACUUGAGAGAUGAGAAUAAAAGUCUCCAGACACAACUUAGAGAUACAGCGGAAGCCGUACAAGCAGCUGGAGAGUUACUUGUUCGGCUUAAAGAGGCUGAGGAAGGAUUAACAGUUGCACAGAAACGAGCGAUGGAUGCAGAGUAUGAAGCUGCAGACGCAUAUAAACAGAUUGAUAAGCUGAAGAGGAAACAUGAGAACGAAAUCAAGACUCUCGUCCAACAAUCUCAUAUGCACAACAAAGAAAGCUCCUCUGUAAAAUGUGAUGAAGCCGUGGAACCAUCUGCAACUACGAGUGAGCAGCGAUGGAGAGAUGAGUUUGAGCCGCUGUACGAGAAAGAAUCCGAGUUUUCAAAGCUUGUUGCUGAACCCUCUUGGUUCUCGGGUUACGACCGGUGCAACAUAUAAUUCUAAUUUGCCACUACCUUUUUUGUAUGUGUAUAAAUUGGAUGUCUGAUUCUGUGAUAAGAGUUGCAUUAGCUGACAAACUCAUGCCAAUUUAUAUUCAGAUAAUGGAGUAAUUGGUUACCAACUGAAUUUAACCGAAAUUUAGAAUUCUGUGAACGAAUUCUGACCUACUUUCU